GGGAGCGCUGCAGGCAGUUGUCAUGGCGAUCAGACGCGCUGACGAUUGAAUUAGAAGUGCUUUGCCUUUCAUCCUUUCUCUGAAACAAAAAAUUUCGAACAUGUUUUGCCUACAACUGCCAACGAAUGUUAGAUAAAACGCAUGUUUUUGUCAGGGGGCGGUAACAGCGCCACCACGUCGCAGCGUCUGAAAAGCAAGAAAAAAAAUUCAUCGCCUUGAAGCGAACGAUAGGAUGAAACUCCAUUCCGACUCGAACUUGGCGGAUUUUCUUCCAGUACAUGUCAGGAGAAAGCUGAGGCACUCCAGCCCACCUUAGCGUGCGAUGGAAGACCUGAGCACCUCAAUGCUCCCACCAUCUCCAAUUGAUGAGCUCAAUGGCGACCAGGAGGAAAGUUACCUUUGUCCGUUGUGCUUGUAUUCCACCACAAGUGCAGCCAUUCUUUUUCGGCAUCUAUUCAUACACACUGGCAUCAAGCCAUAUUGCUGCUUUGAGUGUGGAGAGCGCUUUGCCAUCCCUGAGACUCUCCGAAGUCAUGUGACAGAGAAGCACCCACGGAAGCUUCCACUUCACUGCGAUCGAUGCAAGAGUGACUUUCGCUUCCGCCUAGAGCUCUGCCAACAUGAAGUUGUGUCGUCUUUGGAGACCCUGCACUACUGCUACUACUGUGGAAAAGGUUUCCUCUCUGCAUCGGAUGUCCUCCAGCAUGCACGGACAUCUCACUUGCCUUCCAGGAAGCACGAGUGUGAUGUUUGUGGCCGCUUCUUUCCGACAUUUGAGAGCAUCAGCAUUCACAGCGUCUUUCAUUUGCGGCACGGUGGCCCUUAUCGUCAAGCAGCUAUUGGUUCGAGGAAGUACACAAAAUUCCACCGGAAACGGCGACCACACCGUUGCCUUUUCUGCCCAAGGCACUUCCUGUACUUGGAAUCCUUGAAGAGGCACCAGCUCACACACAAGCUCGAAAACAGUUCCCUGUGUCGCAUCUGUGACCGACCUUUCACACUUCCUUGCUCAGUACAGGGCCACCUGAAGGAGCAUGAAGAGGAGCUGCGGCUGUAUGCAGAAGAGUUGCCACACGGCAUCAUCCCCUCAGAGCCACCGCAUGAGUGUGAGCUCUGUGGUAAGACCUAUUCCACGAGCAACAGUUUGCGGGCCCACCGGAAGACGCACAGUUCUGACCGGCCACACAAGUGCGAUGUUUGUCAGAAGCAGUUCCUGCGCUCUUAUGACCUCAAGCGCCACCUGCGAAUCCACACCGGUGAGCGGCCCUUUGUCUGCGACGUCUGUGGCCAGGGCUUUUUCCAGUCAUCGGCCAUGCGCAAUCACUUGCGCACCCAUACGGGCGAGCGCCCCUUUUCCUGCGAUGUCUGUGGCAAGGACUUCACUCUAGCAUCAACAUUGCGGGGCCACAUGAAGAUCCACACGGGCGAGCGGCCACACCGCUGCGCCCUGUGUGCCAAAUCCUUCUCGCGCCCCUACGAGCUCAAAACGCACAUGCGCAUCCACACAGGCGAGCGUCCCUUCGCUUGCGGUGUCUGCGGCCUUGGCUUCGCCCAGGCCUCGACACUGCGGACUCAUGUCAAGAUUCACGAGCAGGGGGGGGCGGCGUCCUUUGCCUGUCGUCUGUGCGGCGAGGCCUUUGCGCAGGCGGCGGACCUCGAGGCGCACUCCAAGAUCCACCUCGGCGAGCUGUCCCCACAGCCGCUGGAGCCUGCACUGCCGUUCCGCUGCAGCAUCUGCUCAAAGACCUUCACGCGACAGACGCACCUGCGCAACCACAUGAAGCUGCACCUGGGUCCCGAACCCUUCAAAUGCGAGGUGUGUGGCCAGGCAU